AUAUGUAUACGUUAGGGAAAACAGAUGUGUGUAACACCGCUCCCAUUAAAAUUGAAACUGCAAUACAGACGGUUUUUUUUUUUACAAAUAUAAAUAGUGCCUAAAACGUAUUUUCCGGGGAUGAACUUUAGUGAGCAGAAACUGCCUAUUUAUAAACAGAGAUAAAAUAAUUAUUGCAUUUCUGUUUUUCUAAGUGACAACGAGGAAUCGCAGAAGUUACCAAAAAAAAAAACUCAUUAUGCAGAGCAUUGCAAAAAAGAUUAUUUUAUUUUCAUUUACUGAUACGCAUUUAGACUUUACAUAUGUUUGUAUGUUUAUGUACCAAUAAGAAUUUAUACGCCGAUUUUAUAUAAGUGAGUCGGCUAUACUAGAUAACAAGUUGUGUUCCGAUGAUAAGCAAUAUCAUAUCAUAUAGAUAUGAUCACCAAUUAAGACAUUCCAAAAUGUUUACUAAUGUGGAAAUGUUUUAACGAGUUUCCAAUUUUAAAACGUACGUCCGUUUACGAUAAAUAUAAAAAGUUAAGGUAAAUUGAACUCAGAUUCAAUGGAAAGUAUCAGCACUACAGGUCGUCGACGGAACAACAUGCGAAUCAAUGCCGAAGAUAAUGCCCUGGAUCAAAUUACAAAAGAGGCCGAAGCCCGACUUGCUGCACGUCGGCAGGCGCGUGCCGAAGCCCGUGAGAUUCGCAUGAAGGAACUGGAGCGGCAGCAAAAGGAGCAGGAAAUAACAGCUGACCGUGUGUUUGACAUGCAAAAUUCCACUGCAGUGGGCAGCGAAACCCUUUCAGCGCAUCCCGCACGCCUCGUCUACGGCGGACUUUUAAACGUAACCCGUGCCUCAGCAUCUCGGCGUAGUAGUGAGGAUUCUGUGGAAGAUGAAGGUAGAAGUUUUCGCGACUUCAAGCAUGAGCUUAAGGAUGUUGAAGAACGGUUUAGGAAAGCCAUGAUAACAAAUGCCCAGUUGGAUAACGAUCGUGCCUCACAGGCCUAUGAAGUAAAGCUCCUGAAGGACAAAUGUGAAAUUAUGGAAGAAUCCUUUGCGCAAUUACAGCGCGAAUUUAAGGAGAAAAUGCGUGACUGUAAUGCCCUUAAAAGGAACUUGGACCGCACCAAUCUCGAGCUUAAGCUAGUACAAGGACAGUUAAACGAACGCGAUUCGUUGAUAGCUGAACAGGGCCUUAUAAUUGUGGCAGUUGAAAAUGCCGAUGGCAGCGAUGCCAAACGAGCUCUAGUUAGUGUUGAAAAUGCAAAAGUUCUAGCAUCCGUUCAGGGAUCUUUAGAUGUAAGACUUAAAAAGUUUAGUGACGAAAAGCAGCGACUUCUGACUGAAGUGCAAAAGCUUCACGAACAGCUUGACGAGUAUAAAAGUGAUGGAAUGACAGGACGUCGCAGUCUUUCGCAAGGUUCCUUUGGUGAUGAGAAUGAUUACGAGGCCCAACGGGAAUCAAACAAAAUCAUUUCAGACCAUAAAUAUAAGCUACAAAAGGCGGAACAGGAAAUCGCCAACUUACAAUCAAGCUUAGCCCGAUCGGAGACUCAAGUAAUCCGAUACAAGAGCACUGCAGAAGCGGCCGAAAAGGCGGAAGCCGAAUUAAAAGUGGAGCGCCGUAAGCUUCAACGAGAGCACCGGGAACUGUUGGAAAAAUUGGAGGAAGCAGAAACGUCAAACAAUCAUUUGUUAAAACGUCUCGAUAAAUUGAAAAAUGCUAAGAGUACCAUACUAAAGGACUUAUGAUCUAAAAUGGGAGUUGCAAUAUCGCCAGCCAUUGAAAGGUCGCAUCCGAUGACAUAGACAGUAAUAAAACAGUACGACAUCAUCAGCAACAACAUACAAAUGCUGCAAUUAAAAUAGCACCUUGAUAGCAACUUAAUCGGUCUUAGUGGUAGCAAAACGAUAAUUUUUGAAGGAUAAUCCAAAAUACUCUACCUUAAAAAUAUAUAUAUUUAAAUUAAAAUAUAAUCUAACAGGAUAAUAAUUAACAUAAAUAAUGUCUAUAUAUAAUAUGUAAAGCGCAAAAUAUAAGUAACAAUUCAAUUGGUCAGCAAGUGUUUAAGAAAAAUUUUUUUUUUUUACUAAUAUGCGUUUAAAACAAUUAUAGAAAAAAAUUGAAUGGUUUCGGUUAAACAUGACCAAUUGCUUUUUUUUAUACAGUCCAUCUUUUAAUAUCAGCUAGUACCCGUUUAACCGGUCGCGAUCUCUCAACGGAACGCCCAAUAAAAAUGACACAUUUAAGAAAAAUUAAAGCACUUGUUUAAAUAAAUCAAA